AUGGCAGACCGCAAGGAGGAGUUUCUGCGCCGGCCGCUGUACAUGUUCGGUUUGCCGGCCGACGUCCUGUCUACACUUGCGCCCGUCCCCAAAGACCGCACAAUUGGCGUCGCAGCCCUGUCGUACUCGUCAACACCGGGCCGGUCCAACACGCCAGGGCUCAGCGAAGCAACGGAUGCAGCGUCUGACGUUGGUAGCGACGUCACCGUAUCCGGCGAGGCCUGCGCACUCUGCAACCUGGCGUUUGCGUCCCACGCCGACAAGCGCGACCACUUCAAGUCCGAUCUGCAUCUCUUCAACCUCAAGCAGAAGCUGGCCGGCAAGCCACCCGUGUCGGAAGACGAGUUUGAGCGCCUAGUCGGCACGCUCGACGAGAGUAUAUCGGGCUCCGAAUGGUCCGAGUCGGACUCAUUGUCGGAUCUAGAGGAGGAGGAGGACGGCGACAACGACGAGAACGACACAAAGAGCGUAGCUGGCUCCGUCGGCUCGACCACGACGACCACGAGCACAAACACCAAUGUUCUGGCCUCGCUGCUCAAAAAGCAGGCUGUCCUCGCCGAGAAGAAGAAGAAGCGCCGGUCACAACGAAACGACGACGGCGACAGCGGGUCGGACGCCGGCGGCACGACGCCGGUCAGCCAGCCCAAGACCCACAAGCAACGCCAGCGAGAGGCCGCUACGGCGGCAUCCUUGCACGCGCUGAUCUGGUUCAGUUCGCCCCUGCUGCCCGCCAACAGCUACUUUGGCGUCUACCGGGCGAUGUUCACGGCCGAGGAACUGUCGCCGCCCGCCGACCCGGCGACGGGCCAUGUGCCCGCAGAGGAGGACGAGGUCGAGCGGUCAGCGCGGCUCCUCAAGGCCGUCCACUCGCGCCAGCUCCCUCCCAUGCAACCGCCGCCCAACAACGCCGCCGCCGAUAAGGCCGCUGUGACCUACGCGGGGCGUCACGUCUUCAUGUGCAUGCUCGGCGGCGGGCACGUCGCCGCCAUGGUCGUGGCGCUGGCCCCGCGCAAGGCCAAGGCGGGCACCGUGCCCAUGAACCGCGAGGCCACGGUGCUCGCCCACAAGACGUUCCACCGCUACACGACGCGCCGCAAGCAGGGCGGCAGCCAGUCGGCCAACGACGCGUCCAAGGGCGCCGCCCACUCGGCGGGCUCCACGCUGCGCCGGUACAACGAGAAGUCGCUCGUCGAGGACGUGCGCGCGCUGCUGCGCGACUGGAAGCCGCUGCUGGACUCGGCCGACCUGCUGUUUGUGCGCGCCUCGGGCACCGCCAACCAGCGCACCCUCUUUGGGCCCUACGAGGGCCAGGUCCUGCAGCGCAACGACCCGCGCCUGCGCAGCUUCCCCUUCAACACGCGCCGGCCGACGCAGAAGGAGGUGAUGCGCUGCUUCAUCGAGCUGACGCGUCUCAAGGUGCGGGAGAUUGUGCCGGGCGGCGGCGAGGACACCGGCAGCGGUGGUGACAGCGGCACGCAGGCUGUGCCUCCGCCGGCGGCCGCACUGACGGCCGAGCAGCGCCUGCAGCGCCAGCAAGAGCGGCGCGAGGCGGCGAAGCGUGCCGAGGCGGAGGAGACGGCGCUCAUGCACACGACCCAGCUGCAGGCCCUCGCCCGCCGCUCCAAGGUGCCCGCGCUGCUGGCCUACCUCAAGGCCCACGGCCUGGAGGCCGCCACCUACCGCUUCGCGCCGCCCGGCGCCGCCCAGCACCACCACGCGCCCACCUUGCUGCACUACGCGGCCUCACAGAACGCGCCCGCGCUUGUGAGUGCGCUCCUGCUGCGUGCCGACGCCGACCCGACCGUGACGAACGGCGACGGCAAGACGCCCUUUGAGCUGGCCGGUGACCGCCCCACACGCGACGCCUUCCGCGUGGCCCGCGGCGAGUUGUCGUCUGCGUCCAAACCGAUUGACUGGGACGCCGCGCGUGUCCCCUCGGCCAUGACACGCGCCGAAGCCGACGAGCGCGAGUCCCGUGAAAAGGCCGAGGCUGCCCGCAAAGAGACGGAGCGGCGGCGCGCCGAGGAGACGCGUCUGAAGGAAGAGGCGGCUGCGGAAAAGGCUGCGUCGGCCAACAGCGGCGGUGGUGGUAGUAAACGCCUCGUCGGCGUGCUCAAGUCGGCCCAGGAGAUUCGCGAAGAGGAGGCACGCGGCCUGACGCCCGAGCAGCGGCAGCGGCUGGAGCGCGAACGACGGGCACGUGCUGCUGAGGCACGCCUGCGACAGAUGCAGCAGGGAAAGUAA